AUACAGCGGCGAGUACCCUGGUUAACACUGUAAAUCCAAGCGUCCUUUUGGCUGUGAACUGAAGCUGGAAAUACUUUAGCAAACAAGAUGAUCUCCAAACGCCUCAGUCUAUUUUGUUGCUUUCUUGGUUUUAUCAGCGUUGCUAGUUGCGUCCCCGCCUCCUCCGGACGCAGCGCUCGAGCGAUUGAUUACGCCGCGCAGGCGAACAAGAUCCUGGAUGAAACGCCUUUGGUGGACGGGCACAAUGAUAUCCCAUAUCAGAUCCGUAUGAAGUACCACAACCGGUUUGAAAACCUCACAUUUGAUGAGGAUGAAAAGUCGUGGCAUACUGACAUACCACGGCUUAGGAAAGGAAAAGUUGGCAGCCAGUUUUGGGCAGCAUGGAGUCCGUGUGACAUUCGUCUCAAAGAUGCAGUCAGAGUGGGGCUGGAACAAGUUGCUGUGAUCCACAGACUGGUGGAGAAAUAUCCAGAUGACCUGGUGUUUGUGACAAUGGCCCAAGGCAUAAGAGAUGCAAAGAAAAAUGGAAAGAUUGGCUCUUUGAUAGGCCUGGAGGGUGGACACAUGAUCGACUCAAGCCUUGGUGCUCUGCGAAUGUUUUAUAAACUUGGAGUCAGAUAUAUGACUCUUACACACUCCUGCAACACUGCAUGGGCUGAUGGAUGGACUGACGAAGACUCAAAAGACAUUCACGGAGGACUUACAGACUUUGGGAAACUUGUUGUGCUUGAAAUGAAUCGGCUUGGAAUGCUUGUUGAUCUGUCUCAUGUAUCUGUUGGUACAAUGACUGCUGCUCUUAACACUGUUAAAGCUCCAGUGAUUUUUAGCCACUCAUCAGCCUUUGAUAUUCAUUGCAAUCACGGUCGAAACGUUCCAGACUCUAUCCUUAAACGGAUGCCUAAAAAUGGAGGAGUUGUUAUGGUGAACUUCUACAGUAAAUAUAUCUAUUGUAACAAGACCAACAGCAUAAAUGCAACUUUAUCCCAUGUGGCAGAUCACAUUGAUCACAUAAAGAAAAUUGCCGGAAUAGACUAUGUUGGACUUGGAAGUGAUUAUGACGGUGUUCCUACCUUACCAGAAGGGCUGGAAGAUGUCACGAAGUUUCCUGAUCUGAUAGCUGAGCUCCUCAGGAGAAAUUAUACUGAGGAUGAAGUGAAAAAAGUUGUUGGCGAAAAUAUCAUCAGAGUCUUUGAAAAAGCUGAAGAGGUCGCUAAAGACAUGCAGAGUAAACAAGCACCAUACGAUGAGUAUCGCUUCUUCGAAAACGUCGAGUGUCGUCCGAAUUAUGGCGGGGGACUGGGCAGUUUUGUCCCUAAAUACAACAGGACGGUUACAGCUGUACCUUUGGUGAUCUGAUGAAAGGGACUCGCAUGCUCAACGCUGAUGUUUUGUAGAAAAGAGGGCUAAUCGUAGUAUCUACUCCUGGCUCGUCAAUCGAGAAUUGACUGCUUGCUAUCUUGCGUGAUGAACCAGGACGAUAAAUCCGGACUGUUGGCGUUACCCACGCUUGUCACGCAAUUUUUCGACGUUUGUCGGAGAGGAAAGAUUGCGUGACGAGACUUGAGGUGGUAUGGUACCUUCAA